CAGCGGGACGACAGAGGCGUGAAAAGUUCAAACGAAAAAAUGAAUGAGCGACGGUGAAGGGAAAGUCGACCGAAAGUAGAAGUUAUGAGUCGGGAGGCGAAUCACCGGGGAAGGUGUACGUGAAGCGGAGAGAGCCGACUGAAGGGGGGGAGAGAGACAACAAAGUCACAAGGUCCAGCCUGAGUUGGGAGGCAAGAGCUCUGAGAGUCCGCCAUGGCAGACGUGCUGGAGAGCGGCGGGGCGGGAGCCGUCGGAGCGGCCAGCGUGGACUGGCAGAAACGCUGCGUUGCCCUGGAGAUGCAGCUGCUGAGGUUCCGUCUCCAAGCGGGGAAAAUCCGAGAGCUGCUAGCAGAGAAGAUGCAGGAGCUGGAGCAAAGGGUGACAGAGGCCGACCAGCGGGCUGAAAGUGCUGAGAAGCAGAUCCAUGUCAUGGAAGAAAAGCUGAAAUCUGCAAACAUACAAACCAGCGAAUCGGAGAGCUCAUUGUAUAGAAAGUAUCAGGACCUGACCAAUCAAGUUCAAGAAAAAGAUGCUGCGAUAAAGAGAUUAGAGAUGCAGCUGGAAAAACAGAUCUUAGUCAGAGCCCAGGAGGCAAAAAUCAUUGAGGAGAAAGCUGCCAAGAUUAAAGACUGGGUCACUUUCAAGCUUAGAGAGAUGGAGCAGGAGAACCAGCAGCUGAAAAUGGCCAACAUGAAGCAGACAGAGCAGAUACAGUUGUUACAGGACAAACUGCAAGUUCUUUUAGAGAAACCUUCGUCCUCUGGAUCCCCCACCACCUCCCCUGUGAUGGAUACCCACCUGGUGCCCAGCAGCCCGCUCUACCCUCCCAGCUGCCCAGGCACACCACCUGCACAAGAUGAGAGCUGGAGACAGCCGGGUCCCCGUGGGAACGCCUCUAAUAUUAAGACCUCACCAACAGAUGUGAAAAGGACUCCUGAACAGGCCAGUAAAGGGAUAUCCCAGGGAGACCUUGUAGCCCACAAUGCCCUCUCCCAUAGUCGGGUCAGGGAGCGUCCCAGCAGCCCCAUGUCCACCAGCAGUCCCGAGCUCCCGGUGGGCCCACUGCCUCCCACAAGGGAGAGGCCCGAAGGUCGGGCUGGGGGUUCAGACCGAGACAACUCCUCUGACGAACUCAACAGCAAGUUCCGCUCCCAGUGCCUUCACUCUUCCUCAUCCUCUUCAUCUUCAUCCUCGGCUUACGAGAUGGCCCACGGACCCAGCACCCCUGACACUCUGAUUGGCGUCACACCCAAAAGCCCGCUUCUAUCCCGCUCUCCCUCCACCAACCAUCCAUUCCUGACUCUUCCCCAGCCUCUGGCUAACCAGUCAGGUACCAGCAUGACCUUACCCAAGGUACGGACUCCGCUGACCCCCCGGGACAGCAUCCAGCUGGUGAAGAAGCAUUACAGCCAGCCCCAGCCCAGCCUGGACAGACUUCACCACCUCAACGUCAACAUAGACAUCAUGACCCCCUCCUCGACGUCUUCCACCCUCCAGAGCGCUGGCACUACCACCUCGCCCUUCGCCCAGGUCGUGGAGGAGACGGACAUUGAUGACGGGUUGCCUGACAGCAUGGAGGGGGUGGUGGAGGGGCCGGGAUCAGAGGAGCCACCCAAUGACGGAGUCUCCUUUGUGGGGCUUGCAGAGGAACUGGAGCGGUUAGAUCCGGAGGUGCUGAAGCCACCAACUCCUCCCCUACAUCGCUUCCCUUCCUGGGAGAGUCGGAUCUAUGCUGUGGCCAAGUCAGGAAUGAGAGUAUCAGAGGCCAGUCCUGGAGCCAGAGUCCCGGGACGAGGGUCCAGCUUACCCCAGUAUCCAGCAGCAGGUCCAUUCACACACUUGAUCUAUAAGAAUAUCAAUGUGCCUGUGUAUACAACACUGAAAGGGAAAGCCACUCAGAUCAGCAGUGUGCCUCUGCCUGAUGACGACUCCGGCUCGGAGGAUGACAGCAGCUCUCUGGCCAGCUUACGGACCUCCACCCUCAGCCCCGACAGGAAGGGCAGCAUCCCCGGGAGCCCACGCGCCGUCAAGAGAGGCGUCUCCAUGUCCUCCAUCAGCUCAGAGAGCGACUACGCUAUUCCCCCAGACGCCUACUCCCUGGACAGUGACUACUCCGAGCCUGAACACAAAGUCCAGCGGACGUCUUCCUACUCCUGUGAGAGCACCGGGCCUGAGAUGCUGGAGAAGUCAGGCUACCUGCUGAAGAUGGGCAGCCGGGUGAAGGCCUGGAAACGUCGCUGGUUCAUCCUGAGGAACGGAGAAAUCCUCUACUACAAAUCUCCCAGUGACGUGAUCAGGAAGCCUCAGGGCCAGAUGGAGCUGAACUCUUCCUGUCGCAUCGCACGCGGCGAAGGUGCACAGACGUUUCAAUUGAUUACAGAGAAGAAGACUUUCUACUUGACCGCGGACUCGCCCAACAUUCUGGAGGAGUGGAUCAGGGUCCUGCAGAACAUACUCAAAGUGCAGGCCAGCAGCCCCGUUACCGUGGAAACCACCGCCAAGCCCACCGUGAGAGGCUGGCUGACAAAGGUCAAACACGGGCACUCCAAGCUGGUGUGGUGCUCUUUGGUCGGCAAAGUCUUCUACUACUACCGGAACCAGGAAGAUAAGCUCCCUCUGGGCCAGCUGCGGAUGCGUGAGGCGUCCGUGCAGGAGGUGGACCGCUCCUGUGACUCGGAUGAGGACUAUGAGGCGGGGAGUCGAGGCUUCCUCUCCUCCCACUGCACCUUGGUGGUCCAGCCCAGGGAGCAGAGCCCCACGUACCUGCUCAUCGGCACCAAGCAGGAGAAGGACACAUGGCUGUACCACCUGACAGUGGCAGCGGGCAGCAGUGCAAAUUUCAAGGUGGGCACAGAGUAUGAGCAGCUGAUUGGUAAACUCCUGGACACAGAGGCAGACCCAGAAUCGGCCUUGUGGAAGAGCGAAGCGUUGUGCUUCUGUAAGGAGGGUCUGCGCUCCCCUCUCACCACUCUUCCCUCUGAAGCUCUGCAGACCGAGGCUCUCAAGCUUUUCAAGUCCUGUCAGCUCUUUAUCAACGUGCUGGUUGAGUCUCCAUCUGUCGAUUACCACACAUCGCUGGCCCAGAAUGCCUUGCAAGUGUGCCUGACACACCCGGAGCUGCAGAAUGAAAUGUACUGCCAGCUCAUCAAACAGACCAAUCGCCGGACGCCACCCAACUACUCGCUCACGCAGUGCUGGCAGCUGUUGUCUCUGUGUGUGGCUCUCUUCCUUCCUCAGCAGCAUUUCCUCUGGUACCUGAGACAGUACCUGCAGCGCAAUGCUGACCCAAGGAGUGAGGUGGGGAAGUACGCGGUGUACUGUCAGAGGUCUGUGGAGCGGACGCUGCAGAACGGAGAGCGCGAGGCCAAACCUUCACGUAUGGAGAUAGUUUCCAUUCUGCUGAGGAACCCCUACCACCACUCACUGCCCUUCAGCAUCCCUGUGCACUUCAUGAACAACACCUACCAGGUUGUGGGCUUUGAUGGCUCGACCACCGUGGAGGAGUUCCUCAACACGCUGAACCAGAGGGUUGGCAUGAGGAAGCCUCAGCUGUCUGGGUUUGCCCUCUUCACUGACGAUCCGUCUGGGAAAGACCUGGAGCACUGUCUGCAGCCGUCUGCCAAGAUCUGUGAUGUCAUUUCCAAGUGGGAGCAGGCCCUGAAAGAGCUGCACCCCGGGAAGUACGAGGGGACACGGAUCGUCCGUCUAACAUACAAAAGCAGGCUGUGUUUCAGGGCUCAGGCCAAGGGAGAGACGGAGCGAGAGCGCCUCCUCCUGGCGUACCAGGUGAAUGAUGAAGUCCAUCAAGGUCACUUCCCCGUGAACAAAGAGCUGGCUCUGGAGGUGGCUGCCCUCAUGGCACAGGUCGAACACGGUGACUUGGAGCGGCCGGCUGCCUCAUCCCCCGCUGGCUCUCCUCAACCCAAGUCUCAGCUGAUUCUCCUGCAGGCCUUGGAGCGUUUCUACCCCAAACGCUACAAACAGGACUGCAACACAGAGCAGCUAAGAGAUCUUACUGAGCGUCUGGCCACUAAGUGGUCUGUGCUUCGCGGGUGCAGUGCAUCUGAGUGUGUACGAAUAUAUCUGACUGUGGCUCGGAAGUGGCCUCUGUUUGGAGCCAAGCUCUUCAGUGCUAAGCCUGUCCCCCCUUCUCCUGUUGAGCAGAGCCAGGUGUGGCUAGCUGUCAAUGAGGAUGGAUUGUGUGUGCUGGACUACGCCAUGCACACGCUGGUCACAUGUUCCUACCAGUCUGUGAUUACCUUUGGUGGCUGCCGUGACGACUUCAUGGUGGUUGUGAGCCAGCAGAGGGAGCCAGGAGUUGGGAAGAAGAGUGUGGAGAAGCUGGUCUUUGCAAUGGCCAAACCGAAGAUCUUGGAGCUGACUUUGCUCAUGGCCAGCUACAUAAACCACUGGACCCCCAGCCUCCCGUCUGCCCCACACCAGCCCCAGGGCCACUGGGAUGUAGACAGCAGGCACUUCCCCUCCAUGAACUACACCACCAAGGGCCCGACGCUACUGUGAACUCUGUAAACAGCAAUUUCGGCAAGGUGCAUCCGGAGACGCACUAAUCUGUUCAACUACAGGGUACGACAGGAGAGGACUCUAAACACAUAAUAAAGUUUUUACGGGAAUGAUUUCAUUUGGUAUGCAUUCAUCAGGAGGGGUGCAUGUAUGAGUUUUUAGAAUUUUUCAAAAGAAUUACUAGGUACAAAGAGCAAAAGCGGUACGAGGGGAUUUUUUAUACACAUUUUGUAUGAAGAUCUUUAUUUCUAAACGUAAGGGUGAGUCUGUAUUUAUUUCUACAACAAAAGAGUGUUCCAACUCUGCUCGGUUUAGGUGUAGGAUCACUUUCUUACAAGUUGUUGAAUUCUUAUCUUGAAAAAAAAAAAAUGUUUUUUGAGAUAAAAUAAUGAUCCAAGGACUGGCUGCCACUUCCACUUGCUGUGAGAUCCUUCUUUGUAGCUGGCAGCUCCCCCCCCCCGCCUUGCCUCUCCUCUGACCUUCAUCUGUUGCAGCCAUCCAGACCUCAGCUGUUUUUCCACCAAAAUAGAAAAUCUGUUGCCUCUUUAGUCCUUCAUACCUAAUAUGGAGCUGGUGGGACUAAAAUAUUACUUGGAAUUAAGUCUGGCCACUAUGUAACUAGAUCACUGGUGCUUGACAACCAAGGGACUUGUAUGUCACACAUUACCGCAGACAGUUUUUUUCAUGUGUCCUAGUUAGAGAUAAUUCUCAACUGAUUAUAAAUUUAAUUCUAUGGUUUUCACAUUAAAUAGAGGAAACUUGUCCUUUAUUUCUAAAGUUAUCAUGGCCAUAUUUGUGGGGACUUUUAUAAUGUGUCAGUCACACUCGAUAGUGAGUACUUCCCUCUGGCAAGCUUUGUAUUGCUUUAAGUGGCAAGCUGGAAAGACCAAAAACAAAUAUGGAUAUUGUUUGCUAAAAUUAUUUGGUCCAGAUCUGCGAACAAACAUAAUGUUAGCUUGAGGUGCACAACAGUAGAUGUUUCAUAGAACAAGAAAAAUGCAAAUAAUGUAUGUAUCUGUGAAAUUUAAGCAGUGGAAUCUGUUUCACUAGUGAUUUUGUUGUUGUUGUUGUUUAUGUUCACUUGCUGCAGUUCCUACAGUAACAAAAUCAUCUGACUCAGUCUGACUCCCAGACAGGUCACUGCAGUCACUCUUUUAUUUUCUUUUCUUUUCUUUUAUUUUUGUUUAAUAAAAGGUCUAACAAAAAGAGGAGUAGACAAGUAAAUAGAGGUACCAAAAUAUUUUUAAUGACUUGAACAGCUUUUGGAUAAAACCACUGUCUUGCUCAUUUCUCUAUUAGAUAUUUAUUUCAUUUCCUGCAUUUUUUUUUUUUUUUCUCUUAAAGUUAAUAUUUUCUAGAACUGUCACAUUAAUAUUUGAAAAAGUUUGGGGAUGUUGACUGUUUGCUUUAUGUAGCAGAGUAAUUUAAGAGCAGGAUAUCUUUGUUACUGUACCGGUACAAAUAUGUAUUAUAAAGAGAUUUUUGAGAUAUGAUGUCUAUUAGUGGAUGUGUUCUGUAUGUGUGUUUGCGAUAAUAAAA